AUGUCUCUCCCUUUUGCCACCGUCACAUCUUACUCUCCCCGUCUGCGACAGUAUGCCAACGCGCUAUUAAUACCAGUCCUUCCAGCAACACAAGUUCCCACUGUCCGAACAACGAAGCGCGGUACCACAGCGAUCAAUUAUGCGGAAGACGAUGGAGACGAUGAUACAUGGGACGACGGUGAUCGGAAUCGCCCUACUGGUCUGAGGAGUAUGAAGAGGGAAGAGAUUCACCCAGAUCGAGGACCUACAGGUGAAAAACUGGGAACUGAGAUUUAUGCGCCUGCAAAUGUACAACCGAAUUUUAGAGAUUGGGCCAUCAGGCGGCGGCCAAAAUCGACGAAGGAAGUCCAGUCCGCGAGAUUUGGCUUGCUGCCGUCAAAUCUGGUUCCUAUUCGUAUCGACCUUGAGAUCCCUUCACACCAACCCGUUGAACCCUUUCCUUUACCUCGAAAUUACCUAGAGCUUGGCAUUAAUCCUACAGCGCCCGCAUAUCGAAAGCCAGAGGCGGCUCCUCCUUAUCGACUGAAAGAUUUUAUUCUUUGGAAUCUUCAUGAGCCGUAUGUUACACCUGAAGAAUAUGCCCUUUCCUUUGUCCGCGAAUUAGACCUGCCAAGUCUCCCAGCAAUGGUCUCGGCAGUGUGCACACAGAUCCGUCAACAGUUGGAGGAAUACGCUGGGGUGGCUAUGCACCCGAUCUUCCAGAAAACGACAACCUCGGGGGAGUCAAAUCGUUUACCAAGCCAUACGAAUUAUGAUUUGGAUUCACCUACACCAGUUCGAAUACCACCUACGACACCAGUACAACUGGACGAUGCCAAUAAAAAGCAAACGAUUUCCCAGGGGUUGCCUCCUAGUGACAACCUGUUCAACACCGACGACGCGUAUCGCUGCAUUGUAACAUUAGAUAUUACUCUGCAAAACAGAUUAUACACCGACAAGUUCGAAUGGUCUUUGCUUCACGAUCAAGGCAUGGCGGACGUGUUUGCGCGUGUCACGUGCGCAGAUCUGGGCCUGGGGCCAGAAUGGGUCAAUGUCAUAUCACACGGAAUCUGCGAGACAGUUCUCAAACUAAAAAAGGAAGCAUGCGAAAGUGGUGGUCUCGUUGGUAUUGGCGGAGAUGGAGUUGAGAUCGACAAUCAAACCGCCAACGGCAAAGAGGCAGGCUGGCGAUACGACCCUGACGGUUUAGGCGACGAAUGGGAGCCAAGGGUGCAGUUCCUUUCCAAGGAGGACAUCGAGAAACGGGAGGGCGACAGAGAGCGGCAAAUCAGGAGACUGCGGCGAGAGACAGCGAGAUUUUCGUCGACAGCAGGCAUGUCCCUGGAGCUCACACGCCAUACGGCCGGCGGUUAUUUCGAUCUUCCCGAUCCAGAUACACCUAUGGGUCGGGGCGAGCGCAAUAAACGACGUCGUCGGGCUCGAAGUAAUAGCCCGGCAAGCGGGACCCCUGGCGGUCGAGGGACUCCAGACAUCGGUGGUGCUGUGGCCGGGUAUGGGGGUGGAGGCGGCACUUUAACUGAUAUGUAG